UCCACCAUUAAAACUAAACCCAGCUCUUUCACGCCUCUUCAGUCUUCUCCUCCUUCCCCCAUCUAUCCUCGUCUCCAACCUUACAACACUCCGAGGUAGACUCACUAAUGGCUUCGUCAUCGACUGCUGCGCGAGAACUACAGAAAGAGUUGGAGGGGAAAGCAAAUGAUCUCAGCAAAAUCCAAAAGGAUAUAUCGAAGAACCACCAAGUCAGAAAGAAGUACACCAUCCAACUUGGUGAAAACGAGCUUGUCCUCAAGGAAUUGGAUUUGUUGAAUGAGGAUGCAAAUGUGUACAAAUUAAUCGGACCAGUGCUUGUAAAGCAGGAUCUUGCUGAAGCAAAUGCAAAUGUUCGCAAGAGAAUUGAAUAUAUUUCAGCUGAAUUGAAACGUUUGGAUUCAACUCUUCAGGAUAUGGAGGAAAAGCAAAAUAGCAAGAAAGAAGCUAUUUAUAAGUUACAGCAAAGGAUUCAAUCUCUUCAAGCUGGAAAAGCCAAGGCUUAAUUUGCAUUAUGACAACAAGUGUGCACGUGAUUGAAAUUUGUUUCAUCUUUAUUAUCAUGUAAAAUCUAGAAAAUGUUGCAUGUAGUUUGAGAUUUUCGUAGGGUUUUUGCAUAAUUAUAUUUGGAAUUGUCAUUGCGAUUUUCACCACAAUGUUAUAUUUUCCAUUUUCUUAAAUCAUUUUUAUAAUUU